AUGGCUGCUGCAGAAGAUCCUCUUGUGCCAGCAUGCGCGGAGGAGGAGCGGGUGGCCGUGGACAUGGCAAGCGGAGAUGCUGCCAAGCGCCUUCGGGGGAAAGUGAUGGCAUCCUUGAGCUGCAAGGAAGCAGAGCGGCUCUUGGAUGGCAACUUCCGUGUGAAUGACGAGGUCUGCUCGGCUUUGCGUGCAGCCUGGGACUGUGCUGUCCGCCUAGAGGCCCAGUUGGGCGAGGCCGAUCGGCCGUGGGAAGAGCGAAACCGCUGGCUGCAGGACCUCGCGGCCGAGCGCGGCGAACUGGAACAGCAGAAGGCGGAUCUCGAGGCCACGCUGCUCACGGCGAAGCUGGAGGUGCAGACGGCCUGUGCCGCAGCUUCUGGAUUUCAGGCCUCGCGCUUUGCCCAGGUGCUGGAAGAGAACAUCACUUUCCGAGCUCGCUGCGCGCGGCUCGGGAGGCAGCUCGAGUCCGUCGUGCAGUCAGCCAGACGAAGCCUGCGAAUGCUGGGUGAGCGCCCGGAUGUGCGGCCCGAGUCCGAGGCAGCAGGCAUGGCCAGACGAUGGCGCCUGGAGUUCGAUGCCGCCAGUGAUGUGGUGGAAGCCAUGCUCCGGUCGCUGAGGCACCCCGAAGCCGCCACGGCUGUGGCCGCCACCUCCUUGGAGCAUGCGUUGGACCACAGCUGGAGAUUUGUAUUGGAGCUGGUCGGCUUGAUCGAGCGCUUGCUGGAUGGCCUCGAGGGCGAACUUCGGGCCAGUGCUGAGAGCCUCCGGGAUCGGCUCGAGUCCUCACUCCCCCAGCUCUUGGAGGCGAAGCUACAGGUGCAGGAUGCUGCUUCGCGUGGUCAGCCACAGGAUGUGGCCACCUGCACCAGUGCUCUGACUGAGGCGCAGAGUGGCCAGGUGGCUUCUUGGAAGUUGCUCACGGCUAAUGCCAUCGAUUUGAGCAGCAUUGUCCCGACGAAGUUUGCCGAGGAGAUGCUGCCGCACCCGGCAGCCUUCGGCACGGCCCCACCGCUUCCCACGGAAAGGGCUGCAGACUUCCCUCCGGUCCUGCGCCUGUUGACCUACAACCUCUUCCUCAGGGCCCCGGCGCCGCAGUUCACUCACAACACGGACAAUGACCGCAAGGACGAGCGCCUCUGUCGCUUCGUCGAACACCUGGCGAGGUACGACCUCUUGUGCUUGCAGGAGGUAUACGGCGCAUUUUCACAGAGACGUGAUUGGCUGAUCAACGUGGCGAAGCGGUUCGGCCUCAAGGACUCACACCGGUCCUCCACUGGUGUGCGGCCACGAUUCAUUGUCGAUGGAGGACUCUUGAUCCUUUCCCGACUGCCAAUAGUCUUCAAGUCCUCCCACACCUUUGACCCCGGGACCAGUCUCGAUCGCUUCUCCGCCAAGGGUGCGCUCUACGCUAAGGUGCAAUGCGGGCCCACCGGCCCUUUCCUCCACGUCUGCACGACGCACCUGCAGAGCACCUACUCCGAGGACUCAUUGCAGUCCUCGCAGGCCAUCCGGCACAAGCAGCUGAUGAGUCUCGUGAACUUCCUCCGGGAGCAGACCGAUGACACCAUGUCCGAGACAGGUAAAUCGAGGCGUCGAUGGCCGCUUCUGCUUUGCGGCACGCUGAACUUUAACGGCCGUCGUGGGCUAAUGGACGGCGGUCACAGUGCUGAGUACCGGGCCGUGCUGCAACUUCUCCGGGAUGAGCUCGGGGAGGUCCGCGAUCUCCUUUUCGAUGUCUGCGGCACUCAUCCUGUGACCUACGCAGAUACGCGCCUGACCGGAAACGGUGAGGUUCCCGUGGAGCGCGUCCUCACGAAUGCGCAUGUCUACAACAGCGACGUUCUAAAACGACAAUGCCUCGACUACAUGUUCUUCUUUCCCUACUGUCCUGCCAAAGACGCAGAGGACCACGAGGACGCUUCUAUGUUGGAACCGGUCGUUCCGGCCACGUGCCACUUGGAGAAGUUUGCCGUCGACAGGUCCAAAGAUGUCGGCGCACCGGUCACCCAGCUCUCGGACCACUACGGUGCCUUCCGCCCCCCCGCUUUGCACACGUUGCUCAUGGCUGUGAUUUGCUCAUGUCGCUUGCACCUGCAUUCGUGGUUGAAUUGUUGGCACAUGGAGCAGGGCAUGACGGAGUACAUGCCGAACGUUGGACCCCGGAUGGCCACGACGUACGCGAAGGCCGAGCACGCGAAGAACAGGGAGGUGGUGAUCAUCGCCUACGGUUCGGAGAUGAACUACCCCGAUGGACGAAGUGACUCGCCGGACAACUCGUACUGCGCUGGACACACGGGGAUCGUACAGGAGUAUUGUCGCUGGGCUUUUGGCAAGGAGAACUUUACCUUUCAGACGGUGGACGUUCGAAAUCUCGGACUGACAAACGCGGAGUACGACCAAAGCAACCCGGCGGUCAACUACGACGUUCUGAAGCACCUCAGUAUUGGACAGAACGGCAUGUGGCAAGCGCUGGUCUUACUCAUUGGACUCAUCUGGACGUGGUUCGAACUUCGUGGGCCACAGCAAAAACUCGCGUUGUUCUUGCACUGUGCGAAGGGCAAGCACAGGGCGGCUGGGACCGGAGCGCUUAUUUCGAUAGCCACCGGUUUCCCUUGUUAUUUCCCGACGUUCAACUUCCCCAACGUCUGGGACGCGCGGUUCUACUUCGUUCGACUACCCGCUGUUCUGCCGGAAAAGGACGAAAUCAACGACUUCAUUCUCUCCGCGGCGGACUGCGCGAAGUACCCCUUCAAGUCCGAAGCUCGCCGAGAACUCGCCUGGAAGAUCUGUCAGGUCAAACACAACCUGGUCGAGCCGGACUCGGACCUCGCCACGUGGGUCUAUGAGAACAACCUUCAGGACUCGCAGGACAACGAGGGGUACUACUCGGACACGGAGGAGGAAAAGGUUCUCGCAGACUUCAGAGGCGAGAACAGGACAGUUCGACGGACCAGGAGAAGGCGAAAGGCACCCACGCCGGACAACGCUGAUGAAGAGGAGGAGGACAAACCCGUGGAGCAGUCGUCGAGCUCGGACGAGGAGGAAGAGGAACCGGCGGACAUGAAAAAGUUCGAGAACACGAAGAUGUUCCCCGGAGAAGCUGUGGACGAUGAUGGCUUUGUUCGUGUUAACAGAACACGCAAGGGCAAAAAGCUCGGUCUGGACGACGACGUACCUCCCAAGAUGUGCCCGGAGAACUACACCGCGGUGGACAUGCUCGAGUUCGCGCUGUACAAGGCACGCCAACGCGGUGGACAAGUCGCGGUGGACAACCUCUGUUUGGAGAUGGCCAAGGAGAGAGAGUCUUGGCAGAAGAAAUAG